ACAAGGGAAUCACCUUGCGCUUGGUUAGCUAGGAAAACAGUCUUCGCACAAGCCAAGGCUGGCACGAAAUCGGCCAACACAUGAAUAUUUUAUAACUUUGCCUCAGUCAUUUAACAUUUUCAGGGAGCUGUCUUCUAGUUUACAACGAAAGCUUUUCGCGAAAUCUGCCUCUGCUGUUCGGCCGGUUGCUUACCGGUUUCCUGCAGGUUUCCAUUGUCCAUCGUCUUGUUGAUCUUCUGGUUUUUUUUUCAUUUGAACUUGAAGGAAGCAUAAAUCAUAUGCCCUCACGAUCCUUGCUGUGGAUUUACCUGUACUGCUGUGAUCUAAAGAAACGAUGGAAGGAGCUGCUUCAAAGCCUUUUGUUUACCUUAACCGUGGGAACUCAAACGACGUCUUCGAAUGCCUUGCUGAAUUUCGAGACCAAGGACUUCUUUGUGACAUCUUGUUAUGCGUGGACAACAAGGAAAUACGAGCACAUCGAGUACUUCUGGCUGCUGUUAGUUCAUAUUUCAGAGCAAUGUUUCUCGGAAAGCUUGCAGAAAGUAAUCAAAAUCGCGUCGUACUGGACGAUUUCGAUGCGGCAGCAAUCGAAUCGAUCGUGCAGUACGCUUACACCGGCCGGGUGGAAAUCAACGAAUUUAACGUGCAGUCUGUUUUGUAUGCUUCAGCUCUUCUACAGAUCGACAAAGUAAAACAAGCUUGCUGCGAAUUUCUUCUGCAAGCAUUAGAUGUUUCUAAUUGUUUGGGUAUGCGAGCACUUGCAGAGACCCUCUCCUGUCAUGAACUUUUCGACAUAUCUCACCAGUUCGUUAUUGACCACUUUGGAGAUGUUCUAAAACAAGAAGAGUUCUUACUUCAACCCUAUGGAUCAUUGAAGUGUUUGCUAGAUAGCAAAUUUCUUAACACCUCUAACGAAGAGGAAGUUUUGAGCGGAGUUCUAGCAUGGCUGAACUUCUGCCCUUCGGAACGCCAAGCGCACGCCUGUUCGCUUUUCACGCGAUCUUGUCUGAUGAAUGUUGCCCCAGAUUUUCUUAGCAAUGUUAUCCUAGAGGAUUCAAUCGUGCAAGCGAGUUCUGAAUGCCAACAGCUUAUUUUAGAAGCACUAGAAACUAUGAAGUCUUCGAAUUUGCGCGAUGGUGGUGAAUUUCCUGGAAUUCUGCAGCGUGCAUGUCGAACUGGCUGUGAAAUUUUACUGACUAUUGGUGGAGAGUCAGAAGGUAUCACCCUCAGUAGCUGCCAGUGUUUUGGUCAAGGUUGGAACAGCUGGAGUUGGGAUAUUCCAGCGAGGUUUGAUGAUUCAAUGCCACUGGCCUGUAUGAAUAAAGAACGCACCUACAUGGCAGCGGCGUCAACUGGGUAUCACAUCUAUGUGGUGGGUGGUCAUUCUUCCUGGAAAGUAUUGGAUUCUGUAGAACGGUACGAAUGGCCAGGAAACAAGUGGUGCCAGCUGUCACCAUUGCUUGUGGAUCGCAUGGGUGCUGGUGCGACAGUCCUGGAGGGCCAAGCCAUUGUUAUUGGAGGCUAUAGCAAAACAUCAGGCUAUCUGUCAUCUGUCGAGAUGUAUGACCCUGUUAUUGACAGGUGGACAUUUAUUGCACCAAUGAGAGCAAAGCGGAGCUAUCUUGGUGCUGUGUCAUUAGGAGAGACUGUGUAUGCCAUUGGUGGUUUUGGUGGAGAGCGUGGUAAUGCAGAUGAUUGGUUGACGUCAGUUGAAAGCUUGGAGCCUCAGAGGGGAGAGUGGCUACCGGUGGCACCCUUGUCACAGCCAAGGGCUUAUCUUGGCACAGUUCAAAAAGAUGGUUCGAUCUAUGCCAUUGGAGGCUACAGCUCAUCGUGGUUAAAUACAGCUGAGAGAUUUGAUCCACGGGAGGGUAGAUGGUACAACAUUCGACCAAUGAAAUCCCCACGAAGCAGUGCUGGAGUAAGUGCCUUGGGAAACUGCCUUUACAUUGCUGGCGGGUUUAAUGGUCUAAGGAAUUUGAAUUCAACUGAGUGUUUUGAUACCAGGGCUGGAAAAUGGAUGAAUGGUUCAUCUUUGCAACAUACUAGGUAUGGAAUGGCUCUUGCUGCAUUAGAGAUAUGAAAGAACUGGUGUCGCGAAAUCUGGUUUCAUUGGACAGCUUUUGCUUCUUGUGGCAUUCAAUAACAAAACAUGAUUCAAGGGUGGAGUCCACACAAGUGUUCAGUGGUGAUGAUUUAAUCAUGAAUGAGAAUCUCUUAAAAAUACAAGCACUGUAGCUCAAAAACAGCAAAAUAACAAGUAAUAAAAAUUAUAUGAUCAGUUUUGCAUCAAUUCAAGGUAAAUUAAGAAAUUUUUAAUGGCAUAUCUUUAAUAUUUUUAGAUUACAAAAGAGGAUAUAUUGAUGUAUAAAAGACACAGGUACUGAUUGGUGAAAUACAUGUGUACAUGUACAAAAUAUAUAAAUAUUGUGAUACUUAUGACAUGUAUGGGAUUUGGCAAAAUAUCAAAAAUGUAGGAUUUUUUUCAUUUAUGGCUUUGAAUUUUUGGAAGACAGGUUUUUAGAUAUUAUUUGCAUUUGUUUUACCAUGAUGAGAGAAAACAUUCUAAAACAAUGUUUUAAAUUAUUGUUCUAUCUACAGAAUAUUUUAGUUUUGAAUACUGCAUUUCAAUAUUGUCUUAUUUUGGUGGUACAGACGCUGUUGAACCUCAAUUAUUGGGAUUUCUUGAUUAUCUGGACUUUUUCUCUAGUCCCAAUUUUGUCAUGAAUAUUUAUUAGUCAUGAUCAAGAUCUGUAGCAAUGUUCCUUUUAAAUCUACAGCAUUGAAGAGUGUAGUCAAAAGCAACAUUUUAGGCCUAUGCAAAAACAUUUUUCAUUAUUUUAAUUGUUAUACACACAUGUACAGGUAUUCACAACGGAUAGUUGAUUUGUAAAAGUGUUGUUUCACGGUUAAAUGUUGCUUUCUUAAUUUAAUCAGUUCUUUUUUUCAUUAAUAUUUAUAUUUUCGAUUAUCUCAAUUAUCCAGACUAUUUUGCCUAGUCCCAAUGAGUCUGGAUAAUCGAGGUUCGACUGUACACAACAUUACAACCAAAAAUAUAUUAUACUAAGCAAAGUUUCUUAUUGCCUUGUGGUACUGUUCAUGCAUGAUGGCUGGAUAAUUGUCAACAAUUUUACCUAAAAGUAGAAAAACAGUGAUCAAUUAAUUUUACUAACUCUCCACACUAGUGUGUAUAUACCUAUGUAUUUUUUAAUUGGUAACACAAGAAUGUUUGUCCAACAUUUUCCCUUAUUGUGUUUUGUUUGAGAAAAAACCAGAUUAUUUGUUGAUCGUAAAAAUAAGGUUUAAAAUAACAAGAGGCACGAUAUUUGUUUCUUCUUUUAUUGGAAAUAUUGCAGCUAGAAAUUAUUAAAAUAAUGUAAUAGGAAAAUAAUCAAUAAAAUUAUAAAUUAAAUCUGUGCUUUGCCAAUCAUUGCUUAUUCCUUAGUCAGCUGAAAAUCUACUACUGAAUGGCCCCUUAGGUACAUAUAUGCUCUAUGUUGUUUCAUUUAUUUGUCUAAAUAACAAUACCACAAUGAAAAAUUAAAUAAUGGUGAUACUAGACCAAAACAAAUACCCACAAUUACAUUUAAAUAUUUCACUUAGUAUCAAUGUCAUGUAUUUGUAAAAGAUUCAAACCUCUCUAUUAACCAUUUCCUAUAGCCCACGUUGGGAGAAUUUGUUCAAAUAUCAAGUGCAGGCAGCUUAUUUAUCCCUACCAGAAGCAUAUCACCUCGUUGAGGUGAUAUGAUUCUGUCCCUGCAUAACAUUUGUUCGUGAUCAUGAUCCCAUUUGUUUGUGCACAUUUUGAUACAAAAUGUGAUUAUUUGGUCCUUGAACAUUCAAACUAGUUUGCUUUCAGCCAUCCUUAGUACAGAGUUGUAAACUACAUGUAUAUCGUAAAAAAAGUGCUUUAAUAUUAUUCAAAUGUCUGUGCAACUUUAGCUAGCCCUGAAAUAUCAGUCACAGAGCUGAGGGCAGGAGACAACUGUCAGGUUUAGUUUGUUAAGCUUUAGGGUUGCUUUUCAAAGUAAUAUUACUCGUGACUACCUUGACAAUGAGCGUGUUUAACCAACUAAAUUAAACAGAAUACCUAAAGAAUCUUUUCAGUCAAAUCACAAUGAACUGCAUUCCCACAUAACCACCCUGUGAUUAGUUUACUCUUGGUGCAGAGGAAAAAGAUCUGUCAAAUAUUUUAUUGGGUAUCUACUUCUGCUCCUACCUCCUCAAUU